AAGUCGUGCUCUUUUCUCAUUGGCUCCUAGCGGAUGUUUACGGAAGUUGUGGACUUMCGCGCUACCGCAGCAGCAGCCUGUUGGCUACUUUCUUCAAUAAUAUCCACGGCUAACAUGCAGACCGAGAAUCCGGUUUCACAUUUGAAAACGGAUUUAUUGAAGUCUUCCGGGAAGUUUUGUGUUCUUGUUGGCGUGACAGGAAGUGUCGCAGCUUUGAAACUACCAGUUCUCGUCUCACAGUUUCUUCAGCUCCCCGGCGUGGAUAUAAGGGUGGUCACUACAGAGCAUGCCAAACACUUUUACGAUCCUGCAGAGGUUUCAGUAAAAAUCUACAGUGACAAGGAUGAGUGGGAGCUCUGGACACAGAGAUCUGACCCUGUGCUGCACAUUGAGCUAAGGCGCUGGGCAGACCUACUGAUCAUUGCCCCCCUUGAUGCAAACACUCUGGGAAAGAUUGCUUCUGGCAUUUGUGACAAUUUGCUGACAUGUGUGGUAAGAGCUUGGGACGUCAGUCGACCUCUUCUGUUCUGCCCUGCUAUGAAUACAGCUAUGUGGCAGCAUCCCAUCACAGCCCAGCAGGUGUCUAGGCUCAAAGAGUUUGGAUAUCUGGAAAUUCCUUGUAUUACUAAAAAGCUAGUCUGUGGAGAUGAAGGUAAAGGUGCCAUGGCGGAGGUGUCAACCAUCAUCAGCGUUGUCAAGGAACAUCUGCCGAAACUGGAAAAAACAUGAAGAUCAGGUCAAUUUGUACAGACCUACUGACACCGACGACCAGUACAAAUUAAACAUGAAGUUAACCUUCACACUGAUAUGAAUAGCGUGUUUAAUGUUGGCUCACAUUUCCAGUUGGAGCUGCUGUUCUUGUCAAAACAGUGAAUCACGGCUGAGGUUGAUUCUCAUCUGACUGAAAGUUAUAAAACCAGGGUAGCUGUUCGCCAUCAGCAGAGCCUAAUCUGAACCCAACUUUAAUAAAAUAGUAUUUACUUGUUUAUGAUGAUGUCAUUGUUGUUGUAUUGAUUCAGUUGAAUUAAAUACAUUUUUCUCUUUUUGCACUAA